UUGUUAUAUAAAGAAGGCAGGAUCUGCUAUUCCCUGGAGUCUGGAAUCACUACAAUCCUGAGGCUUGUAUUUAGAAAUCAGUCUACGAGGAAGGCGUGGAUUAUUGAGAGGGUUGCACGGUGAGGGGAGGACUGAAAGUUGGAAUUGGGUUUUCAGCCAGGCUUGGGGAACACUGAACAUGGAGCAGAGUCCAGAGAUCGCCAUUGAUGUGUGACGUUUUAUGGAGCCCGAGAUGUCAGCAGCAGCAGCCCAGCUACUGGCCUCAGUUGGAACAGUCGUCACUUCGUUCCCAGAGGCUAUGAACCCCAAUAAGCGCGGCCGUGUGACUAACCAGCUCCAGUACAUGCUGAAGGGAGUGGUGAAAACACUGUGGAAACACCAGUUUGCCUGGCCCUUCCAUGUCCCGGUUGAUGCUAAGAAACUUAACUUGCCGGAUUAUCAUAAAAUUAUCAAGCAACCCAUGGAUAUGGGGACAAUAAAGAAACGGUUAGAGAGCAAUUAUUACUGGAGUGCAAGUGAGUGCAUGCAGGAUUUCAACACCAUGUUCACCAACUGCUACAUCUAUAACAAGCCUGGCGAUGACAUUGUGUUGAUGGCGCAGACUCUGGAGAAGAUCUUCCUGCAGAAGGUUGCUCAGAUGCCUCAGGAGGAGGUGGAGCUAAUGGCCUCAUUACCAAGGGGCAAAAGUCGAAAGCAGCCAGGAGUACAGCAGGUGGGGGCAGUGUCUUCAGCCAGUGAGCCAACUGCCUUCUCAGAAGCCCCUACCACAGCCUGUCCUUCUCCCAUCAUUGUCUCCACUGUGGUGCCAACAGCUUUGCUCAGUCAGGUCACAGCAGCUCCUGCUCAAUCGUCCAGCUCGGUGAUGCCAGUAAUUCCUCCAGUGACGCAGCUAAUUACUAAGAAAAAGGGUGUGAAACGGAAAGCAGACACUACAACUCCCAGCACGUGUGCCAUGACUGCGAGUGAGUCCCCUCCUCCAGCCUCAGCAGAACCCAAACCUUCAAAGCUGGCAUCCCGACGAGAGAGUGGGUGUCCCACCAAACGAGCAAGGAAGGAAGUGGAGGAGAUGGAACUCCAGCCAUCCCUGGGGAAGAAGGGGAAACUGACCGAACACCUGAGGCACUGUGACAGCAUCCUGAGGGAGAUGCUGUCCAAGAAACAUGCAGCCUAUGCGUGGCCUUUCUACAAACCUGUGGAUGCUGAGGCCCUGGAACUGCACGAUUAUCAUGAAAUCAUUAAGCACCCAAUGGAUCUCAGCAGUGUGAAAGUACGUUAG